AGAAAAAGACUGACACAAGCUUGUGAGUUGUGCCGCAGAAAAAAAAUCAAGUGCGAUGGUGGCAAACCUAACUGUAGUAAUUGCACUCGACUUAACGUUUCUUGUACUUACAGUACAAACAACAAGAAACGAGGCCCUCGUCAGGGAUACAUUGAAAUGUUAGAACAAAGGUUAGCUAAAAUGGAA